AUGCCACUCUCAGAAUUUUCCUGUUGGAGUGCUAUAGCGACGGCUGAAUCGGUGUGCAAGCUGCCUUUGGAUAAUCUGCAGGUCUAUGAAAAGGAUGGAAACAUUCUAAUGGGAGGGCUUGUCCCUGUGCAUCUGAGACCUGACAACAUCAAUGUAAAUUUUACCAAAAAGCCUGACUCUGCAAAAUGUGAUAAAUUUUAUACUCUGCGUUACCAAGAAGUACUUGCGAUGGUAUAUGCCAUAAAUGAAAUUAAUAAUGAUACCAGUCUUCUACCAAAUGUAACUCUUGGUUUCCGCAUAUAUGAUUCUUGCUACAAGGAAUCCAAAGCUAUGGAGGGAUCUAUGAGAAUUUUAUCAGGAAUACAGAAAGCAACCCCGAAUUAUAGGUGUGAGUCAAAUUUUAAAAUAGCUGGUAUAAUUGGAGAUCUCCAGUCCUCUUCAUCCCUUGCAAUGGCAAGAAUUUUGGGACUUUACAGAUUUCCCCAGAUAGCCUAUGCAUCGGCAUUAUCAGAUCUGCGUGAUAAAAUUCAGUUUCCUUCUUUCUUACGUACACUUCAAAGUGAUCAGUUAGCACCCAUUUAUAUUAUCAACUUGAUGCUCCACUUUGGGUGGACUUGGAUAGGACUGCUGGUUUCUGAUAAUGAUUUUGGUCUCUAUAGUAGUGAACUGGUAAGAAAACAAAUCGAAGCAGCUGGAAUCUGUGUGGCCUUCUUUAUGAAGCUCUCUGCACAGCACACCAGAUAUCAGACACUUUCUAUACUGCAGGCCAUUAGAAAAUCCUCAGCUAAUGUUGUAUACUUCUACUGCUCCAUGCCUGAAGUAAUCCCUUUUAUACGAGUGGCCACAGAGCAGAAAACAUCUGGCAAGGUUUGGGUUGCACAUGCUAGUUGGAUCUCAUCUCCAAUAUUUUCCUAUAAAGAAUUUUGGAAAACAUUAAAUGGAACCAUUGGAUUCAUCUUUCCAUUCAUAAGAAUUCCAGGAUUCGGAAACUUCCUCUACAGCAUUCACCCCUCCUUAUAUCCAGAGGAUAUCUUUAUAAAAUCAUUCUGGGAAACAAGUUUUGGGUGCUUGUGGUCAAACCAAAGUCAGAAUCAAUCUGCAAAUACUUCUCUUCCAUACUGCACAGGGGAGGAAAACCUUAAAACUUUAGCACAAAAGGGCUACAACGAGGAGAGCGUUAGAUAUGCCAUCCUUAUUUAUAAUGCAGUUUAUUCUCUUGCCCAUGGAAUAAAUGACAUGAUUUCUGGGGAGUCUUCCUCCUCAGGUUUUAAUAUCACCCAGCUUCAGCCAUGGAAGUUAUUACACUACUUAAGAAAAGUACACUUUAACAAUACCGCUGGCCAGAAAUUAUACUUUGACAUUAAUGGAGAACAACCAUCAAUUGCAGACUUUGUCAAUUGGCAAGCGCUCCCUGAUGGAACCACAAAAUAUGUCAGACUUAUUAAUGGCAUGCAAGGAUCUCAGUGGGAUGAGGCCAGCAAAAACAUUAAUAUAUUCUGGAGUGGAGGCUUCACAGAGGUGCCUUUAUCCAUAUGCAGUGAGCGAUGCCCCCCAGGUUACAGAAAAGCCCCCCGAAAAGGACAGCCAGUCUGCUGCUUUGAUUGCAUUUCCUGCUCAGAUAAUGAGUUUAGCAAUGAAACAGAUUCAAUAGUGUGCACGAACUGCCCUGAAUGGAUGUGGCCCACUGAACAGCACGAUGGCUGCCGCCCUAGAUCCUUAGAGUAUCUUGCUUAUGAAGAUCCUUUGGGUGGAACUUUAGCUUCUCUUUCAGUCGUCGGGUCUCUUAUUCCUCUGAGCAUCCUGGGGAUUUUUUUAAGAAACUCAAAAACUCCAGUUGUAAAAGCCAAUAAUAGAAACCUCAGUUACCUUCUUCUUUUUGCUUUGUUUUUGUGCUUCCUCUGCUCUUUAAUGUUCAUUGGUGCUCCUGUACACCUAAUCUGUGUCCUUCGACAAAUUACAUUUGGGGUCAGUUUUGUACUGUGUGUUUCAUGUGUCUUGGGAAAGACCAUCAUGGUGGUUAUUGCUUUUAAUGCCACUCAGCCAAAGAGCAGCAGACGAAUGUGGCUAAAUUCUCGUAUCCCCAACACAUUAAUAAUUGUUUGCAUGACUAUACAACUCAUUAUAUGUAGUGUCUGGGUUAUGCACUCCCCAUCUUUUAAAAAUAAUGACAUAACAUCAAAGUUAGGAGUCACAAUUCUUGAGUGCGUUGAGGGUUCUCCAGUUGCUUUUUGGUGCAUGAUGGGAUAUAUGGGGUUUUUAGCUACUUUAUGUUUUGUUGUUGCUUAUUUUUCAAGAAACUUACCAGGCAGUUUCAAUGAAGCUAAAAUGAUCACCUUUAGUAUGCUGAUAUUUGGGGCAGUUUGGAUCUCCUUCAUCCCCACCUACCUCAGUACCAGAGGGAAAGAAUCGGUGGCAGUGGAGAUAUUUGCUAUUUUAUGUUCAUGUAGUGGACUCCUGGCGUUACUUUUUUUCCCCAAGUGCUACAUUAUAAUCCUGAGACCAGAAAUGAACAAUAAGGAAUUCCUCACAGGAAAGAGAGGCUUUAAACAUAGUAAAGUGAAAUAA